GAAGGCAGUCCACAUUUAUGCCUUACUGUAAGAUCUCCGGAAAAUAUUGCUGGUUUGUUUGAGGAGUUUUCACCUACAAGAACCUCAACCCCCAGCACAUGCACUGACACACUUUCACUCUCUUCAACUGACCAUGACGAGACCCAGAGUGCAGUGGAAAAUCAAACGUCUUCAUGUGUUCCCCUGUAUUGUGGGCUAUGUUUAAUCAGACUGUCCAAGAUGCACUGGGAAAAAAAAUCAGGUGGUGAGGAAGUGCUUAAAGAAUACCAGACAGCAAAAACUUUAAAGCACAGCACCAGACGUCAGCUUGUUAAUAUUGUUGUCAGUCACAUGACAGAAAUUCAUGGGAGGAUCCCCACCCGCAAACAGCGGGAAACCUAUGCUUUGGGCAUUAUUUCUCUCUUUCCUAGCCUGAAAGACCCAUUUUCAGCAAAGGGCUAUAUAAAUCAGGACUUUGCUCUGCUGUUCAAUGCUGAAACAUCCAACAAGUUUCUUAAGAGGUGGGAGACUGCAUUCAAGCAAAAGAUCAUCAAUGAAGCCAAGUCUCUUACUUCAACGGCAGAAAUUCGGUGUCUUCUCAAUGCAGCUGGUGGACAAGGAUCGGAAAAUGAUUGGGACAGUGACAUGUCAUCUGUCCUGCUGCUGUUGCAUCUCCUGCCUCCUCCUCCAGGGAGGAAGAAGACCAAGAUCAGUCCAACAGAGGCUGUUGACAGACUUGUGAAUUUUCAUAAGUCCUGCAACAGUAUUGAAGGCCAUCUCAGUGGGAGGGAGGGCCACCAGCCAUUUCUACUGGGAUCAGGAAGGAUCAAAGGCAGGAUCGACCACUUUUAUGUUGUUGUGGACAAGCGCCUUAUCCCUUGCUCUGGAAGCAGCUCCUUAAGUGCCUUUGAUGAACUUUUCAAAGUUCACUAUGUCUUCAACUUGUCCUACGAGGAAGCACUGGUCAACUUCUUUACCUUCCUGCAGACCACAGUUUACAACAUAGACGUUGGACUUUCAAAGUGGCUGUAG